CUGCUCAUCGUUCUUUCAUCAAAUACAGUGAGAACAACUUUUAACACAUCAAAAUUUUUGAUUCGACAGUUCACAAAAUGUCUGAUAGCAUUCCAUCUAUUGAAAUUGUGGAAGAGGAAUUAAACAACGAAUUGAAGGAAGAUUAUCCUGGUGACAAAGCUGAAUGGUGUUAUGCGGGUGAAACUAAAUAUUUACUACCGGGGAGAUUUGCAGACAUUGCCGAUGAACUUUACGAUUUCGAAGGCAGGCCAGAUGAUGUAUGGAUUGUGACUUUUCCACGAUCAGGUACUACACUAAGUCAACAUUUAGUUUGGUUGUUAAUGAACAACUUUGACUAUGAAAAGGCCAACGAAAUGAAUGUAUGGUCACGGUCUCCAUUUUAUGAGUUUCAUUUAUUUAUGCACAAUGAUACUGCCAAAGCAUUACUUGAAGACAACGAUCCUGAAGCUGUACAAGUGCUAAAAGAACUUAGCGUGCCAGCACCAGAAAGAUUGAAAACAAUGGAAUCCCCAAGAUUAAUAAAAACACACUUGCCUCUCACCCUUCUUCCAAAAGGAGUGGAAACAAACAAGAUUAUCUAUGUGGCAAGAAAUCCUAAAGAUGUUCUUCCUUCAUAUUACUUUUUGCUAAGGCUUUGGAAAACAACUGAUUACAAAGCUAGUUUCCUUCAAUUUUGGAAACAGUUUAAAAAUGGGCAUGUUCCAUGGGGUCCAUUCUGGUCUCAUAUUCUUGAAGCAUGGGAUUGCAAGGAUAAUGAUAAUUUCUUAUUUCUUUUUUACGAAGAGCUCGCUCAGGACCUUCCAAAAGCGAUAUACAAAAUUGCUGAUUUUUUGGAAAUUGAAGUGACAGAGGAACAAGUAAUGGGCUUGGCAGAUCAUAUGUCCAUAUCAAACUUCUCAAAGAAUAAAUCUGUCAACAUGGAAGAUCUAAGGAACACUGGCAUAUUUAAUGAGUCUGAACCUUCAUUUAUAAGAAAAGGAAAAAAGCGAGAAAGGCCAGAAGAAUACACAGCAGAAGUUGAAGCUGAAAUAGAAGAAUGGAUCAAUGAACAUUAUGAGACUACCGACUUAAGAUUUCCAAUAGUUCAAUGAAACAUUUACUUAUUUAAAACUAUGAUAGUACACUAAUUGCAAGCACCGGUUCAUUAUUAUAUUAUUUCUUUGAAUCAAACUGGUGUUAAAGCUUUUUUUGUAAAACUGUUAGCUUUGGAUUAUAUUAAAAGAUGAAUUUCAAUCAUUUACUUAAUUUUUCACAAUUUUGAAUUGAUGGUUGACUGAAAUGAAUAAUUGAAGAGAAGGAUGGUUGGGGUGAUCAGUCAUAAUAAAAAUAAAUAAUUAUAUUUGCCGACGUUUCGGCCCGAAGUUCAGGCCUUCAUCAGGGCUAAGAAAAAAAAACCCGAUAACAAUAGGUAUGAGAAACUUCUCAACGAUCAACCCAACCAUCCUGCUCUUCAAUUACUUAAUUUUUCAUUAAUAAAAAUAAAGAAAUAAUAUUAAGCAAAGCACAUUUACUUUUUGUUCUUUGAGUGAAAACACAUAAUAUCUUAAUGAAGUUGUAGAAUGAGAGGAGUCUUCAGUUAAAAAAAUAAAAGUGUAAAGAAAAAAAUAUAAAAUUUUAGAAGUUGCAAAUUUACAUUUUAUUUAUUUUAGAAGACUUAAACAGUUGGAGACUCUGCUUUUAAAU